AUGGAUAACCAGACACAGUCCGCCCCUGCACAACCCGCGCAGUCUGCGCAACCUACAGAGCCCUCAGACCAGACUGAUGGCGCCUCUGAGUUCCAGAUGGGCUCAUCGCUGCUCGAGCCCGAGUUCGAUGUCAAUGUCAAGCUGAACGACCUCCAACAAGAUCCCAACAACCCCCUGUACUCAGUCAAGGAAUUCAGCGACCUCAAUCUGCCCGAAUCUCUCCAAAAGGGUAUCAGCGCUCUGAGCUUCACCAAGCCCUCUAAGAUCCAGGAGCGUGCCCUUCCUCUGCUUCUCCAGAACCCUCCCCAAAACCUCAUCGGACAGUCGCAAUCCGGUACUGGCAAGACGGCCGCUUUCGUCCUCAACAUCCUCUCUCGCCUCGAUCUCACUCUGCAGCAACCACAAGCUUUGGUCCUCGCUCCCUCGCGUGAGCUCGCCAGACAGAUUCUCGGCGUCGUACAGGUCAUGGGCGGUUUCAUGGAAGGUCUUACUACAUACCAGGCCGUCCCUGACCCAUCAACCCGCGGCCAACAAGUUACCGGACAAGUCGUUGUUGGUACCCCUGGCACAGUCAUGGAUCUUGCUCGCAAGAAGCAACUGAACACCCGCGGCAUGAAGGUUCUCGUCUUGGACGAAGCCGACAACAUGCUCGACCAGCAGGGUCUCGGCGACCAGUGCAAGCGCGUCAAAGGUCUACUGCCCAAGGACGUCCAGACCGUCCUGUUUUCCGCCACCUUCCCCGAAGAAGUGCUCGGCUUCGCUGAUCUAUUCGCGCCCAAGGCCAACUCAAUCACCCUCGAGCGCACAAACCUUACUGUCAAGGGUAUCAAGCAGAUGUACCUCGAUGUCAGCCGAGACUCAGACAAGUACAACGCCCUGAUCAAGUUCUACGGUCUCAUGACUAUCGCGUCUUCGAUCAUCUUCGUGCGUAGGCGUGAGACCGCCGACGAACUCUCCAAGCGCAUGGAGAGUGAAGGUCACCACGUCGUCACUCUGACUGGUGGUCUUGACGGUAGCGAGCGUGACAGUGUCAUCGAUCGUUUCCGUGAGGGUAAAGCCAAGGUCCUCAUCACCACCAACGUUCUCGCCCGUGGUAUCGAUGUCCAAACCGUCACCAUGGUCAUCAACUACGACAUCCCUGACAAGCCGGCUCCAGGUCGUGGUUAUGUACCCGACGCUGAGACCUUCUUGCACCGUGUCGGUCGUACUGGUCGUUUCGGCAAAGUAGGAGUUGCUCUCACUCUGGUUCACGACAAGCGCUCAUGGGAGAUGUUCCGUUCGAUUUGCCAGGAGCUUUCGAUUGACCCCACCAAGCUCGAUACAGAUGAUUGGGAUGAGGUUGAGCGCGUCGUCAAGAAUAUCAUCAAGUCAGGUCGUAACGCAAAGGUCGGCGGCACCAUGUUCGAAGGUUAG